AAAGUGUAAACUGUCAAUAUUAAGAUCUGGUAUGGCUACACAUUGGGCAACUGAAACAAAAGAAAAAGUCAACCAUGCAAAACUAUGUCGGCUCCUUUAUGAUGGAGGAGGAACUACUGUGAGAGCUGUAGUUGAUCGUCAUUGUCCACCAGCAACUUUGGCAGCGACUCUGAAAUCUAAAAAAUCACAACUACAGAAACUCAUGAAACCAAAAGGAAAAGUUUUGAAUAUUGAUCAGUGGGACAAACUCUACCCUCCCAGUGGUACCAGCCCCAGCACAAAAGAUUUUGACAUCACUUUGUUAUUUGUUCUUAUAAGGAACAUUUGUGGACUCACCAAACCAGCUACUGGAUGGGAUGCUUUGCCACCACCAGCUGAUACAUCAACUGAAGCUAACCUUGCAAGGAUUAAGUAUUACAGAAACACUGUUAUUGGUCACAGUGGAAAUGCUGAAGUAGAUGAUAUACAGUAUGAGGCAUACUGGAAGGACAUUUCAAUUGCUCUUGUUUCACUAGGACUCGACCAAGAUGACAUUGAUGACUUAAAGUCACGUCCUGUGGGCGCUCAAGACUACUUCAAGCUGCUGAAAGAAUGGCACUCAGAAGAAACUGACAUCAAGUCAAUGUUCGCGUCAGGAAUUACGGAGUUGAAAGAGGAAAUUCGGCAAAGUAAAAUCUCAACUGAAAUUGAUAGACUUUUUCACCAAGAAUUCAGAAGCCAUAUUUCUUCGAAAUGCAGUCUGUAUCAUCCAAACACAAGAGCUUGGAUACUGGAAAAAGUGAAAGCCCACGUUGAAUCUGAUUCCAACGAAGUCUUGGUGAUACAAGCUGGUCCUGGCAUGGGAAAAUCAGUACUUGCUGCCAGAAUAAUCGAAAUUUAUCGAGAGCAAAGCGUCCUUGGUGCUUGUCAUUUCUUUCAACACGGCAAUUCCUUUCAAAAUAACCCAAUGUUAAUGCUGCAGUCCGUUUCACAACAGCUCUGUCGCUCUCUUCCAGAUUACAAAGUUGCUGUAGAGAAGGUUCUUCAAUCAGACCACAUGAGAAACCGCGAUAUCUCAGUUCUAAACUGUACAGAACUUUUUACUUUGCUAUUUGAAGAGCCCUUUUCGCACCUUGAUCAUGACCCAACAGAAAAACUUGUUGUCGUCAUAGAUGCCCUCGAUGAGUCUUGCAACAGUUUGAAAAAGGAAUUCUUCCAAGUCAUUCGUAACAGGCUAUAUUAUUUACCAUCAUGGCUACGAUUUGUCAUGACAACAAGACCACCUCCAAGUAUUUCUUCUCGAGUACCAGGUAGCACAACUGAAAUUGAUCCAAACGAUUCCCAGAAUACUGAAGAUCUUCAAAGCUUUUUCUCUGACAAACUGAAAGAGCUGCCCCACCUUUCUUCUGAUCAGCAACAGCACAGUCACAUGGAACAACUUGUUGAUUUGACUGGUGGAUUGUUUCUGGUGGCCUCCUUUGUUAUCGAUUUCUUAAAGAAGCCAGGGAUUAACUCAUUAGCAGAAACACUUGAGCACUUCCCAAAAGGCAAAGGUAUCACAGCUGUCUACGAAGACUACUUCUCUAGACUACAUGACGAAAUAACUCCACACUUAAAAAGUGAAGAAGGAUUCUACAACAUGCUUGAUGCUGUAGUUAAAGCUAAAUCUCCAAUCGAGAAGAACAUUUUCUAUGAUAUCCUUGGUUUGCCGCUGAAAGAGUCAAGGAUACCAGACACCAAGAAAAAAGAGGCCAUCAACCUUCUUCACCAAUUGUUCCCUGUAGAGAACGAUCACGUGUCACCAUUCCACAAGACCGUUGUUGAUUGGUUGACAACUGGAGACCAUGACUUUGCGGCUCAAGGGGAUGGAAUUGGUGUGCUUGCCAGUGCUUGUUACAACGCCCUAUUGAAUAUCAAGCAAGAAAUAUUAAAGAAACAACAUCAACCAACCCAUAUAACAGACAAAGAAAUCUAUGCUUUUGAGUUUGGAUUCAAUUAUAUGGAAGAAAGUUUUGAUGAAGAGAAAGUACAUGCACUCGUAGCCAAUCCGUAUGUGCUAUGUAGCAUGGCAAUUUAUGUUGCUGAACUAUUGAAAACACAUCAGUUAACUUCCGAUCACUCAACAAAACAACGACUCUCAGCUGACCUUCAGAAUAUUUUUGAUGGAAUAAAAAUCUUUCUUGGAUUUCAAGGUCGUGAUUCGACUGAAUGCAUUGUACCGGAGUUAACAUUUUUGCAACACUUACAGUUCAUAUUUCGUACAUAUAACCUCCUGCAAAUUGAAACCGAAGAAAGAGCAAUUCAUUACCUGAAAGAGAAACAUCUCCCGUACCAUGAAAGGGAAACGGCUCUAAAUCUUGCAGAUCCAGCCGAAGAUGCACAAAUCUUUUUAUGCAAUGGUGGGUUCUUAAUCGCAGCGAAAUGCAAUCAAAAGACUACAGUAAAGAAAUAUCAACUCGAUGGAAUGCUCGAUGGUGAGCAAUUCAGCUUAAGCCCAAAUGCUAUUCUACGCAUGUCUCCUGAUAAUCAUCAUCUCAUUGUGGCUAAUGACUUUGAGUACAAUUCUGGAGAUGACAUUGCGAUUGUAGAUGCUGCCACCAUGAAGAAGGUCACCAGCUAUCGAUUACCAAAUUUGCCCAAGUCUUUACAUGUGUUUGGCAGUCAGCCCUGGUACAUCGUGGCAAGAUGCUUCGACAAUAAAAUCUACAUCGUUGAAGGAAAAACGGGUACAUUGCUUGGAGAUAGUUCUGCAAUACAGCAGAACGAAAAUGUCCUUUGUGUGAGCAAUAUGGGGCACAUUCUUUUAGUACGAAAAUGUACUGGCCAUCGUAUUUCUGACAACAUUGUUGAUAUACUAUUCACCGACAAAGACAGACUAUUUUGUUUUCCAUUGCAAUGGGUUGAUUCACAUUCCGACAACCAUGUUUCUUGCGAGUUGUUCCUCUGUUAUCAGGAAAAGAUUGACAAAAGAAUCCCCAUCUAUUUCAGGCUUUUAAAGUGCCGAAGCACAGAUUGCGUCAAUUCAACAAAUUAUUCUCCGCCCUCGGUUUUGUUCUCUGAAGACGGAAACCUGUUGGCUUUUUAUAAUGCUGAUAGCAUUACAGUAGUAAACACAUCAGAUGGCUCUCUGUACGCAAGUGUCUGUCUAUACCAUAAUAGCCUAGCGCGAGUCCACGUCGGAGAGAUCUUAUACCUAUCAGAGGAAAGGAUCGUAUUCAAGGGCUAUAUGAGUAUCUUCUCCUUAAGCUUCACUGGAGAAAGCCACUCGGAGAGACGUGUUGCUAUAGAGCACAUUUAUUUUUUCCCUAGGGAUGUCGAGAUUUGUUUUGUGUCAAGAAGCUCAAAUAACAUCAGAGAACUUUGGGGUCAAAGAAUCAAGCGCGAAUAUUUUCGUGUUCAAAAGCUUGCCAAAUAUCGUGAUUGUGCUGUUGCCAUCGAGAAAUAUAAGUUUUUGGAUGGAUAAUAAUAUCCGUUUCCACAAGGUUCAUUAAAGUUUAUAAUUUCUGGAAACAGAACAGAAACAUUCCAGUCAGAGAUCUAGUAUGACAGCUGCGUAUGACAUCAUCUUGAGUACAAGAUGUGUUUUAUUGGGUAGAAUAACUUACACGAACAACAUGUCAGAAUGCUGUAGUUUUAACAUAUAGUUAUUUACAAUUAAGGAGGAGAACACCAUAGGUGAUUUCCUCUAGAUUCUUUUAUCAUUGAAAUUCAAGGGGAGGUACUACAGAAUGCUGUAGUUAUGUAGUUAUGGAAUCACAAAUUUUUAUUGGACAAAUACAGCUUAAAAUCGAAGUUUUCUAAAUAUUACAUUUU